AUCUCGGCCCAUAUCAUAUAAUUUGGAGUUUGACAGGUCUCUCGGUCCCGUUCAUCUGCCGUCGCCAUUGAACGGAAUUCCAUCGCCGAUUUUGAGGUGCGCGAUCUGAGGAGUUUUUCCGAUACAGCAAUUUAUCUUUGGAUAUACGAGUUGCUGUUUGGAAUUGGUGAUUCAUUCUGUGAUUUCAUAUGCGUAUUGGAUGCAAGGUGAAUUUCCGAGCUGAUUCGUUUUGUAGCUUGUUAGUAUCUGGAAUUGCUAGUUUAUCGGCAAUUUGCAGAGAAAUACUGUCAGUGAUAUGUAUGUCAUGUAAAUGCUUGUGAAUUACACGGAGGUCGCUUAAUACAGUUCGUUUCACAGAGGGCUGAAAUCUUGCAAAUUCUCUUACCAUAAUCGCUCUCUCAUGGCCAACGUAUCGGUUGCUGCGGAAUGGCAGCUCCUCCACAAUCGGUACUACCGCAAGCCGGAGCUUUAUCCUAUGAGAUGGAAGCACAUUGACCUUGGCCGGAACAAGGUCGCUUGUGCUCCUUUCGGUGGUCCCAUCGCCAUUAUUCGCGAUGACUCGAAGAUCGUUCAGCUCUAUGCUGAAUCUGCCCUCAGGAAGCUACGAAUCUUCAACUGUGCUGGUAUUCAGCUGGCAGAGACCAUUUGGCGGAACCCUGGGGGACGGUUGAUUGGAAUGUCGUGGACCGAUGAUCAAACUCUUGUCUGUGUGGUGCAGGAUGGCACUGUGUACCGCUACAACAUUCAUGCUGAGCUUCUGGAGCCAAACUUUUCGAUGGGUAAGGAGUGUUUCGAGCAGAAUGUAGUGGAAUGUGUAUUUUGGGGGAAUGGAGUUGUGUGCAUAACCGAGGCCAACCAGAUUUUUUGCAUCUCGGAUUUCAAGAAUCCGAAAUCAUGUAAGCUUUCAGACCCGGGAAUUGAGGAUUUGCCACAUUGUAUGGUGGUAAUUGAGCCUCAAUACACCAUGUCAGGGAAUGUGGAGGUCUUGCUCGGAGUUGGGGAGGCUUGUGUGAUAGCGGUUGAGGAAGAUGGAGUGCAGCGCCUCGGUGAGGGUGUGCUGGAUGGGCCACUGCAGAGGAUGGCCGUCUCCUUAGAUGGAAAGUGGUUGGCAGCAUUUACUCACGACGGGAGACUUUUGGUCUUGACUUCAGACUUGCAGAAAACCAUUCUGGAUCGUGAGUGUGAGUCAGCUCUUCCUCCACAGCAGUUAGCUUGGUGUGGAAUGGACAGCGUACUUCUUUAUUGGGAUGAUAUGCUUUUGAUGAUGGGUCCAGAUGGAGAUCCUGUUCGUUACCUCUAUGAUGAACCAGUCGUUCUUAUCCCUGAGUGCGAUGGGGUGAGGAUAUUAUCUAAUACGAGUAUGGAAUUUCUUCAAAGGGUGCCCGACUCCACAGUAACAAUCUUCCGGAUUGGAAGUACCUCUCCAGCAGCUCUUCUGUAUGAUGCUUUGGAUCAUUUUGACAGGCGUAGUGCAAAGGCAGAUGAGAACUUAAGACUAAUACGUCCAUCAUUACAUGAGGCUGUUGAAGCAUGCGUAGAUGCUGCUGGCCAUGAAUUUGAUAUUUCUCGGCAGCAGACCCUGCUAAGAGCUGCCAGUUAUGGCCAAGCCUUUUGCAGCAAUUUUAAUCGUGAACGAAUACAAGAGAUGUGCAGAUUAUUGCGAGUUUUAAAUGCUGUUCGUAGCCCAGAGAUUGGCAUCCCUCUCAGUGUACAACAGUUUAAGCUUCUUACACCAUCUGUUUUGAUUGCUCGUUUGAUCAAUGCCCACCAACACUUGCUUGCAUUACGGGUUUCUGAGUACCUUGGCAUGAGUCAGGAAGUGGUGAUAAUGCACUGGGCAUGUUCAAAGAUAACAGCUUCAUCAAAUGUUCCUGAUGCCACCCUUCUUGAAGUUCUACUUGAUAAGCUGAAGUUGUGCAAAGGUAUAUCAUAUGCCGCAGUUGCUGGUCAUGCAGAUAAAAUUGGUCGCAGGAAAUUAGCUGCUAUGCUUGUUGAUCAUGAACCACGUUCCUCCAAACAGGUACCUCUCUUGUUAAGCAUAGGAGAAGAAGACACAGCCUUAAUCAAAGCAACUGAAAGUGGCGAUUCUGAUCUUGUUUAUCUUGUUCUGUUUCAUAUCUGGCAAAAGAGGCAACCAUUGGAGUUCUUUGGAAUGAUACAAGCCAGAAUUCAGGCACGGGACUUAUUUAUUACUUAUGCCCGGUGCUAUAAGCAUGAAUUCCUAAAGGACUUUUUCCUAUCAACUGGACAACUUGAUGAGGUAGCUUUUCUUCUGUGGAAAGAGUCAUGGGAGCUUGGGAAAAAUCCGAUGGCUAGCAAGGGAUCUCCACUCCAUAGUCCACGCACAAAACUUAUUGAGAAGGCCCACAGUCUUUUUGCAGAGACCAAGGAACACAUGUUUGAGUCUAAAGCUGCUGAAGAGCAUGCAAGAUUGUUGAAAAUACAACAUGAGCUGGAGGUGAGUACAAAGCAGGCCAUUUUUGUUGAUUCAAGUAUUAACGAUACAAUUCGAACAUGUAUUGUGUUGGGAAAUCAUCGAGCUGCUCUAAAAGUUAAAACAGAAUUUAAGGUUUCUGAGAAAAGAUGGUAUUGGCUUAAAGUUUUUGCUUUGGCUACCACAAGAGAUUGGGUUGCAUUGGAGACAUUCUCGAAGGAGAAAAGGCCACCAAUUGGUUACAAACCUUUCGUGGAGGCUUGCAUUGAAGCAGAUGAAAAGGUUGAAACACUGAAAUAUAUUCCCAAACUUGCAGAUCCACGAGAAAGAGCAGAGGCCUAUGCUCGGAUUGGCAUGGCGAAGGAAGCAGCCGAUGCUGCUUCACAGGCAAAGGAUGGAGAAUUACUAGGUCGAUUAAAAUUAACAUUUGCACAAAAUUCAGCAGCUUCAUCAAUUUUCGAUACUCUUCGAGAUCGGUUGUCCUUCCCAGGGGUUUCGUAGUCUAAUCAGGCUUUAACUUUCUUUCCUCUACAAUCUUAUUUGAUUUCCCUUCUAAUCUUACUGCUGUUUUUUUGUGUGUAAUAUAUAUAUAUAUAUUGUUGGUGUAUAUUGUCUUCAAAUAUCUCACUGAAUUUGAGCUUUGCUUUCCCUCCUAAGCUUCUGAUGCUGUUUUCUUUUUCUUUUUCUUUUUUUGAUGUAAUAUCUAUCUAUAAUUGGUGUUAUAUGGAUUGAUUAUGCUGAAAUGCCUCAUUGAAUUGGACCUUUGUAUUA